CGUUAGAAUAUUUUUCAAAUUAAUCAUCCAAGCAGCCCAUGGAUUCAACUGUCAAGUUAAAUUUCUAUCAAAUCAACAUGUCCCAAAAAUCCUCCACCACCGUCCAAAAACCAUCCCGUCCCAAAACAGUCGCGGCCCGCCGCCGCCAGCCAUCGCCAGCUCGGAAAUCCACCUCGCAAGAAUCGCUCCAGCUGCAGCCAGCCCACAAGUUGGGCCACAUUCCGGAAUACCUCCGAAAAGCGCGAAAGCUCACCGCCGAGGGUGACGACGGUCAAAACGUUUCCCGGGACAAAUGCCACCACCUGGAGGAGGAAAACGCUCGCCUGAAGCAGACAUGCGACGCCCAGCAGCAGCUGAUUCGGUCCCUGCAGGAACGCGUUGCCCAGCUGGAUGCCGUUGUGCUGGAAAUCAAGCCCGAGCUGGCACGGCUCUGCGGCGAGAUUGAAGCACGGGAGCGGAAAAUCCAAAGCAUGGAACGAACGCUGGUUGAUGGGAACGCCACCAGGUUGGAUCGCCUCUGUGAGGAGGUGCAAGGGUUGCGACAGCUGGUGCAACAACCGGCGGAGGUUUUCCAACACUAUGGACGCCAGCUGAACGGCACCAUGGACAUGCUGGCACGGAGCUACUACGAGCUGCUAUCGAUGGUUGAAACCCGUCGAAUCAAUGGCCAGGACGAGUACCCGGACCGGAACUUUGACCGACAAAAGAUGCGCCUGGAUAAGCGGAGCAAGCACACGCAGAUUCGGGUCAAGAAGUAUGAUGGGUAAUUUGAUUUUUUUUAUUAUGGGUGAU